AUGGUUCAAAAACAACGAAUGGGAUUCUUACUCGCGGUCAUUGGCUUAAUUUCCGUGAUUGCUUUUGCUGAAGAUAGUGUUGGCCGAGAUGCAUCAUACAAGAGCAAGAGUUGGGAUAGUAGGAAAGCAAAGGGCAUUGUUGUCGAGGAACUUGUUCAGGGAAUGCAAUUGGGACCUGUGAAUGUGCAUGUCGAUGGAGGCGGGGUUCAAGUUAACAUCCGAAAAAUCACCAUUCCACCAAAUGGAACCACUGGCCUACACUGUCACUACGGGCAGGUGAUUGGAGUUGUGCAGCAGGGAACGCUAACCCUACGCGCUCCCAUAUUUCCUACUAGGGUCCAUGAAUACAGGGCCGGCGAAUCAAUCGUGGAAGGAAGGGGUUAUAUACAUGAAGGGCGAAACGAAGACGCAAGUGUUGACGUCGUGCUCUGGGCGGUAUACAUAACACCAGCUGGAAAGCCGCUCGCCGAAACGGAUCACUCUAGAUGCAAGCAAACCGAUGUAUUUGGUAACAAUUAG